UCUAUCUAUCUAUCUAUCUAUCUAUCUAUCGUGUGACUGAUGGGUAGUGGCGACAUCUUGUGGCUUGUGUUGUCAGUAACUUUCAUCGCUUUAUUUCUUCUUUUUGCCUUUAUUUUUUUUUUUAACUAUUUCACAUUUUUUUAAAUAAGUAUAAAAUCAAAAGGUUAGUAAUAUUGAUAAUAGUGACAUAAUAGUGACAUAUCGAGGAUAAGAAUAUACAAACAAAUGUAUGUAGCAAUAUGUAUAGUUUUGGUGUAGUGUUAGCUGUUCUGGAUAGAAGAAAAUUCUAAUUAAUAAAGAAAAAUAAGAAUAGAAAAAGGGUAAGAGAAAAAGGAUUAAUUAUUGGGACAUUAAUUAAUUUGAUGAAAAAAAAAAAAAAAACAAUAAAAAAAAUCCUGAGGCACUAGAACACAUUUCAUGUAAUUUCUUAUGUGUUCAAGGAGAAAAUAUUAUUUCGUUGCUAUGCGUGACUGCAACUCUGCGCCUGAACAUUUGAUUGAUUCUGAUUGGCUAAUUGAAGCCGGUUUAGCCAAUAGAACUGUCGGCUCGAGUCUCGAGACCGCAAACGCUCGCUUCGCGGGUACAUUGGUGAAGAAGACAGGGCGAGGUUGCGCGAGCUUCUCCGUUAAAUUUACGUGAAAGAGGUUGGCCCGUCGUGGGGUUGACGUCUUUAAUUUAUUCUCACAAUAAAUCAUUUGGUUAAUCAGAACAAUCGUGAACAAUAUAUAUUUAUAAUAUUUAUAUCAUAAGUAAUUUAUAGAGAGAGGCCCCCUGCCAGCAGAGUUAAUUGCCAAUGGAGGUUAAUAAUGCAGCGAAAAGCAAAAUUAAUGUGGAUACAAAUGGAGCAAGAAGCGUCUUUGAUCGAUUUCAUAGUUCAGGACCAGACUCCUACUUUUCCACCUACAGGCCUCAGAAUAAUUUCAGUGACAGUGGAUUCUUCAAUUCGUUCUCGGACAGAGUGUUGCAAGACUGCGCACCACUACCUUAUACAGUUUGGCCAACUCAGGAAGACUGUAAAUCAGUGGAUUGGCCUCAAGUCAUGCCUAAUAACAGAAAUCGGGUAGAUGCCAGUAAUUGUGGGAGUGAGGCUGAUCUUUAUGGAUUAGUGUCAGACAUCUUGGAAGAACCAGAUUCAUUGGACCCAUACUCCUCAUACGUCUCAGAGAACAAGUUACCAUCUAGUCUGAAAGGUGUCUGGUCUCCAAACUUACCAAGAGAGGAUAGCAUGCAGUACUUAAAUAAUGAUGUGCAGAUGCCGUCCAUUUCUGGAUUCCCAUCAAACCAGAUUUGUCCUAAACUCGUCACCAAUGUCUGUCCUCAGACAGCAGGCAGAGAAUCUCAUCAGUGGGCCGAAAUUCAGAAUUUCAAUGGUUUUGAUUCUUGUUCACCUCCCUGCAAUUUCACCUCCUGUAAUGGAGAGGCUGAUGCAUAUUGUCCUCAAGAUCUCCCUCGCCCACCAGGCCUGAACACACCCCCAGCGUUACGCUCUAACCUCUACCAGACCAGGGCAGGUAAACCUGAGAAGGAUGAAGAAUACCGCAGCACCACUAACUGCCUGUCUGAUUAUAUAAACACAGUCAACAACUCCUGUUGCCCUCCACAAAAAAUGGAUGACUCCUAUUUCAGUUCAUCUCAUGAUAUUUCAACUGUAAGCAAAGAUAAGCUGAGAAACACCCAAUCUUUCUCUGUGCAGGAUGUCAGUAAACUGGCCUUUCUCUUGGCAGAGCAGGAUAUGAACUACUGCAGAGAAUCGACUCAGAAUGGGCUUUUAACUCAGAGGAAUCCCGAGGAAAUCAUGGCAGAGCAGAAGAGUCAUCCUUUUCAAAGGAUGUCAGAGCUUAUUACUCAAACACCAAAUUUUAAGAGAGAGGUGACCCGCAACCAUUUGGAGCACAUAGGAUCUAAAGUGGAGGAUAUAAAGACUCUUUUACAAAAUCAUUAUACUAGAAAUGAAUUUUCAGGGUUUGCGCCACCUAAACCUUAUUCGUCUACUGUCGCACCUUCAACCUUGCACCCAAACAAAGAAGCCAUUCCGAUAGGAAGCAGCACAGCUCAAACCGGUGUAAAGCAGUUCCAGCCUGUCCAGUCAAACCAUUAUCAAAUCCAAGCUAACAUUUCAGCAAAGCCCAACAGCAACAAUGGAUCAUAUGGGUUUGCAAAGCUCACGUCCACAUCUGGAGCUUUUCCAUUACUUCCUUCUCAGCAAUUGUUCCGGGCUGCAGCGAGAGUCCCGGCUGAUUUGAGUCAAGAGAAUGCAGUAAAUCGACAUGGUGCAAUAGGCCAGGUUAGUCUGGAAAGUUUAAGGAAGGGAGCAGGAAAUGUGGACGUCACAGGUUUUGACUUCCAGCUAGAGAACAGCAGGUCGUCGGCAGGCCUUAUGAUCGAUGGGCAUUUUAGUCAGCGAUUAAGCAUGAAACCCAGACUUCCUGGUUUCCUGACAGAGGCAGACAAAAAACCAGGACUCCUGCAAAGUCCAUACCAGGGGCUGGGCAGUAUGUACGGAGGACAAAUGAGAUACAACGGAGUUAGUUCAAACUCAGCCAAAGCCACACCAUCACAACUUUUCCCUUUCCUAUAUCAGAUGGGUGAUCUCAGAAAAGGUGCACGCCACCCAAUGCAGUCGCAACCCCCGCUUUCCUACUGCUCUGUGCCCCUUGUCGACAGGAAUGAAGGUCUGCCUGAUGGAGAUAUUUCACCCUUCAGCCCCUAUCUACAAGAAUAUAUUGGGCUAAGCCAAGCGUCAGGAGAUGGGUCAUUCCCAGGGUUUCUAUCUGCCAUGACUUUGCCCAAGUAUGGCAAGGCACUCGGAAGCCCCAACAGUCAGCUACACUUUUACCUGGAGGAAUGUUACGAGCAGUGGAGGAUGCUGGAAAGAGAAAGAAAGAAUGCAGAAGCUGUUCUUACAAAGACUUACCCAGGAAAGCAUGUGUCUUUGGUGUCCAGUAGCGUUUUACCCAGAAUGCCUCCAAACCCAUCCAGAGUGGACAGGCUUAUUGUAGACCAGCUGCGUGAACAAGCCAGGGUGGCUGGCUUGCUAGGCAAGAUGGAACAGUUACGGAGUUUUCCACUUCAUGCUAAUAUCGGCUCAGCAUUGGACAGGCAUCUUGAGGUCAUCUACAUCACUCAGGCACGCCGCAAGGACGAAUUCAUCAAUGCUGGCAGCAGACAGAGGCAGCCGGCGGCCUUCUUUAGAGAGGACAGGGAGAUACUUCUGCUGGCUUCUGCAGUAAAGGACAUGUGCAGCAGCACCAGAAAGGCCCGAACUGCUCUUUGGUGUGCAUUACAAAUGACUUUGCCCAAAACAAGCGGUUACCUAGAGGAGGGACACGCGAAAGGUGCCUGCUCCCCUUUAGGCCCAGACAGUCCUGAGCAGAGCAGUUUGGAGAGAGCACUAACUACCCUGUGAUCACUGUCUGGCAGGUAUACAGUCGUUGUGUGUGUGUUUUCUGACACAAAGUAACAUCGAUCUAACAUGUCCAAAAAGGCAUAAGAGGUGAUAGAAUUGCAUUUUUAGAGGAAUGAAUGAGUUAUUUAAGUUAUUCCAAUAUAGUGAUACAUUAGGCUCAGUUGUGGGCAGCAGAUGGAAUUCCAGUUCUUUAAUAUUUAUCAGUCUUCAGUGAAAACCACCAAUCAAAUUAUAAUCAAAUUCUCCAAAAUACAUAGAAUUAUGGCAGUAAGAUCAGUAUUUAGCUAUUUGUCCAAGGACCCCAGAAGAACUGCCAGUAAAAACAAGGCUUUUUGAGAGAGUAUGAAAGAUUGAUUCAACAACUGUCACAGUAAGAGAGAUGAAAUCAGAAGAAGGACCUUUUAACUGGCUAAUGGUGAUAAUGGUACAGAAUGUGCGGCAAGAGUAAGAUCUGUGGCUUUGGAGGAUAAUGGGAUAUUUUUGCCCAGUUGACCAAAAAAUUAUAAAUAGUUACAUAGGAAACCAAAAAAAAAAAAAAAAAGAAAGAAAGAAAAAGAAAUAUUUGUGUUACAGUUUUUUUGUGAGUUUAAUUAUUGUCUCAUAAAACCUAUUCAAAAUACUCAGAAGGUCUUCCGAUACACACAUUCACAAAAUCAAAAACAGUAUUUAUGGCCAGCAGGACGUGUUCUAGUUGUCCUGUUAUUUUUAUUUACUUAUUUAUUUGUGCUCGAUUUUCUUGUCAGCACUUGAUUUUUAGUGGUCUCACUGGAUAAGCAAUGACAAUCACAAAUCUCUUCUAAAUCUGUCUUUUGUUUUCUGAAAAUCUGAACGCAAUUUUAUUUAUUCGCAACUUAUCUAAAUUCUGAAUUGAACUCAAGAUUUCAGUCACUGUUUUUCAAUGUGUAUGUGGUCAAUCUGUCUGUGAUGUAACUAUAAUUUGAGGAUAUAUUGAGUUGCUGAGAAUAACAUCAUUCAUGGACUGAAAUAAAUGAUGUGAACAACCUGUUAACUGCAAAUAUUACAGACUGACACUGUUCAUA